GAUUUUUUGCCAUGUCCAAGAAGCAGAAGGGGGGGGCCAGAAGGACACAAGUUCCUGAGGUGGAUGAGGAGCACCUCCUUGACACCUGCCUGAGCCAUGUCCAGAAAGCUGGUGUCUCUGCCAGUUUUGCCUUAGGAGCCUACUUCCACACAGAAGCCAGCCAUGCUGUGAGAGGAAGUGCCCUGGCAGACCUUCAGCAUGUAGUAGAAGAUUUGCUGAAAGUGAGCUCCACACUGGAGUUCAAGUACUCAACCCUGAAGAGGGUGUUUGUUGAAGUGCUGAAGCAAUUCCCUGGCCUGAAGGACAGGUUCCCUGUCAGCCAACAAGGGAAUGCUGCCAAGGCAUUUGCAGAUGGCAUUUUGGUUGUCUGCAACCAUGCCAGGAGGAUUGGCAGAGAUGAGGGCAGACUGGCUGAGGCUUGCUCCAAACUCACAAGUUUCCAAGCUAAAAAGCUGGAAGAGAUAGCAGGGUUGCUGAAAAAAGAUGAGCAGCCUGCAAAAAGGUUUGGAGAAGAUAAGGAAGAAGCCACCCCAGUAAAGAAGAAGAAGAAUGAAGAAGAGAAGAAGGGUGUAAGCCCUGGCACAGCAGCACUGUUGGAAGAGUUCCAGAUCCCUUCCACUCAAGAGGGGGAAUCAGAAGAUGAAGGCCUGCUGGCUUCUGCCAGGAAAAGCAAGCCAAUCCCUGUGAGGAAAGCUCUGCUGAAAGCUGAAGUAGCCAAGAAAAGGCCUGCUGCAUGCAAGAAACCAGCUGCUGCCUGCAAGAAACCAGCUGCUGCCAAGGCCCCUGGAACUGGCAAACUUGGCGAUGAGCAGUCAGUGACACAGCCUUUGAUCCUCAUGCCCUACAAGAAAGUGGGGAGCUGUGCUGUGAGGAUCAGAGGGGGCCAGCAGAUACUGCAAGUGAAGAGUCACAAGGGCUUGGAGCAGAGCAAGAAGAUUGCAGCAGAGCCGAAGAAGAUGUUGGAGGAUGGCAAGACUUUGGGUGAAGUGAAGGCCUGCAAGGCCCAAAGCUUGGCAAGUAGCAGCCAGCCCAAGGGAGUAGCUGAAGCCAUGGACCCUGCUGGGAAGGGCAAGAAGGGUGAGAAGGGCAACAAGGGAGGGUGGACAGAGAACUGGGCAGGAAAAGGAAUGCGUCCAGGAGUGAUGAAGCUGGACUUCGAGUCAACCCGCAUGUACCUGAUUCGAGUCAAGCAGCAGGUGGCAGAAGGAAUGGCAGACCAGGACUUCUACGAGGUGAUGGUGGAGAGGAUGCUUGCAGCUAUGCUGGGGGAAGCUGCAAGGAGUUUGGGGCAUACAAUGCCUCCAUGGUUGCCCCCUGCCACAGCAGCAGCAGCCCCUGCUGCAGCCCCUCCCCCAGCAGCAGCCACAGGAGGAGCCAUGGGAGGAGCCCCUGCCCCAGAAGGAGGAGGAGGAGGAGAAGCAUGGCCUAAUGCUCCCUGGAACAACCCAGCCCCACAUGGAGGAAAAGGGAAGAGUGAGGCUGCAAGUGGGGAUGGAGGAGGAAAAGGGAAGAGUGAUAUUGGAGGAUCUGGAGGAGGAAAAGGCAGUGAAGGAUCUGCAGCACCUGCAGCCCCACAUGCAGGAGGAGGAGGAGGAGGAGGAAAAGGCAAGAGUGAAGGAGAUGGAUCUGCACUAGCUGGAGGAGGAGGAGGAGGAAAAGGCAACAGUGAGGGAGAUGGAGCUGCACCACAUGAAGGAGGAGGAGGAAAAGGCAAGAGUGGGGGAGAUGGAGCUGCACCAGCUGCAGCCCCACAUGGAGGAGGAGGGGGGGGAGGAAAAGGCAAGAGUUGGGGACCCCAGAGAUCUUGA